AUGGUCAAUGAUUAUGUUCCAAACAUUCAGGUUUUGAGACAAGUUGGUAUUCCUCAACGUUACAUUUCCUUUGUUCAGGUCGUUAAUUCGGUCAAAGAAAUGGAGUUUGAUCCUUUAAAGUCUAAUUUUGUUUUGGCACUUCAAGUAAUUGGAAAGAUGAACAUGAAAAGUUGGGAAUCAAAGAAAAAGGUUAUGAAAACAAUGAAGUUCUUGGUGAAUGAUGUGGGUCUUACACUAGAAGACAUUGCUAGGAGCCUUGGGAUUCUAAAUCGUAACUUGGAGAAGACGCAUGUCCCUAGAUAUGCAGUUGUUAAGAUUUCCAAGUUAAGGGGUUUGAUAAAGAGUGGUUUGCGCAUAAGUAGCUUUAUUACCAUAACUGAGAGGAUGUUUUUGAAGAGAUAUGUGACACCAUUUCAGAAAGAUUUGUCGCUGUUAUUGGAUCUGUAUAAAGAUCAAAAGUUAGAUUGA